CCUGAAAGACAACGUCCUGUAUUUGUUGACCUCUGACCUGUCUCACCGUCUAGAAGGAGGCUCCUAAGCCCAGGCCAGCCAUCCUCUUGGUUUUUACUGGAGGCAGCUUCCCUUCCCAAGGAAGUGGCCUAGCUUUUUUAUUCCUGUAAGUCCAGGAACUCUUUGUUGGGCCGUAGGUUAGAGGAGGAGGGAGAUAUUAGAGUGUAGGUGUGGGUGAAGACAGAAAAUAAUCCGGAAGGAGGAAGAGAGGGGGUACCCAACUCCACAGGGCUCUAAGCUGGGGUCCAAAUGAGAACAACAGACUGCUGUCCACACAGAAGGAAGGGAGAAAGCUCUAAGUCUCCCAGCAGGCUUCUCCAGAAUGACAAACUGAGGCCUCUAGGAGCGUUGGAACCAGGUGGGGACCCAGGUAGGCCACACUUCUGGUGUGGUCACCUCCUCAUUGCUGGCAGCUCUACCCCAAGAUCACUUGUGGCUUCUGGGGUCUCUACCCAGCGCGGUAGGCUAGGGGUGUUUCCUUCCUCCUCCUUCCCAUCCCCCAGUCUCCCGCCUCUGUAACCGUCACAGGAAAUGGCCUCGCCAAGCCUUAGAGCGCCAGCGCAUGGUGAGGCUACAGCUGGCGGUGUGAGAGAGCCGGGGCACAGAGCCCAUUCUCCUAGGAGGCUUAGGUGGGUUUUCCUGAGGAGGAAGCUCUGGAGAGCCUGGAGGUGGCUGGCUUUGGUGCCAAGAUGAGAAUGCCGGGGCAUCCAUGAAAACCUGUGGCCAGAGUCUCCACCGAUGCUCCCAUACCUGGACACCCCUGAAGGUGACACCCCCUCCUCUGCAGGACAUUCCCAUACCUGGACACCCCUGAAGGUGACACCCCCUCCUCUGCAGGAUGUUUCCAUACCUGGACACCCCUGAAGGUGACACCCUCUCCUCUGCAGGAUGUUCCCAUACCUGGACACCCCUGAAAGUGACGCCCCCUCCUCUGCAGGACGCUCCCAUACCUGGGGUCUGGGGGCACCCAGCUAGCGAACUGCCUUCUCUCACCUUGCAGACUUGUCUUUCUGACUGGGCAUUAGGUUCUGGUACCUUCAACUUUAGAGGAUGUAAAAUCAUAGUUGGAAGUUGCCUAAUAAGCAAACUGGUGCUUAGUGGCGGUGUGACCUUGGCCAAGUUCCUGGGCUUGUUCGAGUCUCAGAUUCUCCAACGGUUUUCUUUCUCCCAGGGGAAGACAACAGGACAGUAACCUCUUGUGGGACCAAGGCCUGUGAAGCACUUUGCCCACAGACCCAGUGUUUGGAAUCACAGACAGGAGAAGCAGGAGAAACUGACUAGGGCAGGGAGCUAGGGAGCCCCACCUGGUGGUGGAAGCAGCAUGGGGCUGAGUCUUGGCUCUGUGUCUCUCAUCCCUUUUUCCCCUCCCCUCUUCCAGCCAGCCUUCAUCUUUGUCUGGAAGUUCAGACAAAGCAGUGGAGAGAUUCUAGAGGGAGUUACUCCCAGCAGCCCAAAAUGGGCUGAAAGAGCCCCUUGCUUCAGAGUUGGCACAGAAUGGUGUCUGUGCUUAGAUGCUAGCCGAAGUUGGCAAGGGAGGGGCCGCAGCAGGGCAAGGUCUCAGCCCACUGGAGUCUCACUCACCUGUGGUCCUGUGCUCAGUCAGAGAUUUCUCCCCCUCUCUCUGAUUGCCCUCGACCCCAGUUACCAUCCCAGGGGCCACAACUGUCCCUAGCGCUCCUGUAGUUCCCAGAAGUCCUUUCCCCUGCAGCUCUGGGUAAAGGUUGCCACCCCGUACCAUCGCCGGCUGCUUUGGGUGGGUACGGAAAGGAUGGAGGAGUCUGGGUCUGGCCCCCUCCACCUGUUGCUCUCCCCUCCCGAGCUGGCCUCCCCAGGGGCUCUCUGGAGAAACCCCAGGAUGCUAGGUGUCUGUUCCCCGAGUGCUUCCAUUCCCCUCAGAUACCGAGGCAGCUCUUCGUUCUCACCCCUGCAAGCCUGGGCUUGUCCUUGGUAGUGUGGGGGAGAGCUCACCAAGGAGGAGUCCGGAAGGCACCCAAGGAGACAGGUUGUAAGGACUUUCUCAUACCCCUCAUCACUGGUGGAGAGGACCAAUGGCCCUUGCCAGCUCAGCAUAUGGGAACCAUGGCUAGCCUUCCCCGGGUGCCAGGAAAUAGCCCUGCUCUAUCUAUGCCUGCUGCCAGACUCAGUGCCUCGGCAGGAUGACUUCAAGCUGAAGGAGAUUCCUUUCCUUUCUCCCAAGUCCAGAACCAGAGGAAUGGACUUGUCCCACAGUGGCCCUUUCCCCCCAGGGGCUCUCUGUGUCCCUCCCACUGUGUUGUCCUGGAUGCAGGCUUAUGCACACUGUUAGUCCCCACACACAACACAUCACCACCAGCUGAGUUCUCUCUCCCUUCUCAGUAGAAGCUGGACCGUCGCCUUUUCCUGGCGACCUUCCCCAGUUUGUGGGAGGAAGAGGGGGCGCCCCAUUCUCGUCUGCCUGGUAAUUAUCUUCCUUUAGUGUGGGGGAUGCCCAAGGCCUGGCUUCAGGCUGUGGGAGAGCAGAGGAGGAGCCGGAAGAGCAGCCUCCAACAGCUGCCAGGAGGCACCAGGCUAGUUCACACUUGGAAGUUGGGAUGCCAGGACCAGCCCUCUGCCUUCCUCUGCCUCCUGGCCAACUGCUUUCACACUGAGAAGGUCUCUCUUUUGUAAGGACUUUGGGACCCCGACCCUUUGACCACAGGCACUCUCUGCUAUGUCUCCUCUGCUCAGAUUCUGAAUUAAGAUGCUCGCACCCCACCUCUGCCCUCUGUGGCCGUUCACAGGGACUCUGCUAGAAGAAACAGAGUGAAGUGUUCCCAGGUGAGGUGGGGUUGGCCAAGGACCAGGUUAGGAUGUCUCCUCUACAUCUUGGCCAGACUGAGGCCUGAGACAUCUCCCCACCCCCGGUUUCCCUGGUUGCUAGCCCCCUUCCCUGCCUCUUUCAGAAGUGCCACACACACACACACACACACACACACACACACACACACACACACUCCUACACAGCCUGGAAAUUUUGAUGAGUCUGCAGUUCUAAGUUUCCAGGACCCCAUCCAGACCAGUGGGCGGCUCUGAGGUUUGGGGUUGGACAGAGCUGCGGUGGGGGUAGGGCGGGCAGCAGCCCCUGGUGCUGGGCAGAGGGUAGGCAGAGCUGGUUUCUGAGGCAGGCCUGGGCUCCUUGCUGAAGCAAGCUAGGAGGAGUUCAGAGUCUCUCUCUCCCUGUCGGGUUUUUCUGAACACCCCUCCCAGCUCCGCCCCCAGCUUGCUGAGUUCUGGGCUUCCUUCUAGUGCUCAGAGGUUCAACUCUGCUCCUUCCCUUCCCAGGGCUGAGUUGGUGCAGGAGCACCAGGUGAGCAACUGGCUCUGGGCGGUACAGCAGUAGGGCCUGAGUUGUGUUUUAGACCAGGCCUCAGCUGGGUCUCCGCGGUGCCUGUGAGGGCCAGAAGAGGGCAGGGGAGCCAGGUGGGUAGUGCUGACCUAAAUAGAAGAAAUAGGGAGAGGGGAACAAAAGCCCCAGAAAUGUCAAUCACUCCCAGAAGCUUCCUAGCAGAGAGGACUUGAACUGGGGAUGGGAGCGCCUUUUGCCUUCUCUGCUCAAUUGAGUCAGAAGUCUCAGGUUCAAGUCCAGCUUCUUUCCUCACACACAUGGGGCCUCAGGUUGGACUCUCUGGAUGUCAGCUUCCUCAUCUGGGCAGUAAGGGAUGGGAGAGAUGACUUCCAGGGGCCAGGUGAGCUCUAGAAGCUGCUGAUGUACUUCUGUGACCUCGACUACUAGAACAAGUUAGGCAGACAAAAGGAGCGACACACAGCUGGCUCUCCCACCUCCUGUGUUCAGGAUGCCCCUCAAGCCUGCCUUGCCACCUCACCCAAGGCCCAGGGGAGGGAACAAAUGGACACUCAGACCUCUUCCAGGGACAGAGUGUGGGGGAGUCGGGCACUUCUGCUGUGUGUUCAAGGCCACCACUCCUAUCAGGCCUCCCCAAAAGCACAGGACAUUUUCCUUCAAGGAGAGCUGACUGUUGACGUCUCGUGGAGGUGGGAGAAGCAGGGACGGUGGGCUUGUGGACCACCUGAGAGUUGCAGUCCCCUUAGGGUCAGAUGUUGCUUCUCUCCCAUCGAUCAGCCUUACCCAGUUCUGGCCGGGUUAGGGUCGGGAUCUGCUGCCUGGCACCUGUCUGAAACUCCACCCUUCCCACCCUUGCCCGCCUGCCCGCCAUCAGGGCAAGGGGAGGGUGAGGGGGGGUCUAGCUCCGCCUUCUGCCUCCCAGUGUUGAUUCUGCAGACUUCAUCAGGAUGAGGCCUCUGAUUCCAUUCGUUGCCCUCCUCUGGCUCCAGGGUCUUUUGGCGGAGGAAGACGCAUGCCCAUCCCUGGAAGGGAGCCCAGACAGGGAGGGUGAAGGUCCACCCCUGAGCGUGAACGUCAGCAGCUGGGGAAAGCCUACCAGCCUGCUUCUGAGCUGGGUGUCGGCGGAGCCAGAUGGGUUUGACUAUGCCCUCAGCCUCAGGAGUCUGAACCUCUUGGGCUCCCCAGAAGGGCAGCAGCUUCAGGCUCACACAAAUGAGUCCAGUUUUGAGUUCCAUGGCCUGGUGCCAGGGAGUCGCUACCAGCUGGAAUUAACUGUCCUAAGACCCUGUCGGCAGAAUGUCACUGUUACCCUCACUGCACAAACUGCCCCAUCAGUGGUCCGUGGACUACAGCUGCAUAGCUCUGGGAGCCCAGCCAGUCUGGAAGCCUCAUGGAGCGAUGCCCCUGGGCAUCAAGACAGCUACCAGCUUCUCCUCUACCACCUGGAAUCACAAACGCUGGCACGUAACAUCUCAGUGUCCCCUGGCAUCCUGUCUUACAGUUUUGACAACCUCUUGCCAGGUUGUCAGUAUGUCUUGGAGGUUGUCACCUGGGCUGGCAGUCUCCAAGAGAAGACUAGCAUCCACCAAUGGACAGAGCCUGUGGCUCCAGCUCACCUAGUACUACGUACCUUGAAUACCAGCAGCCUGAAAGCCUUCUGGAACAGCUCUGAAGGGGCCGCCUGGUUCCACCUGAUGCUCACAGACGACCUAGGAGGCACCAACCUGACCGUAGUGGUCAGACGAGGGGUCUUCAACCACACCUUCCUUCACCUGUCUCCAGGCACACCUUAUAAGCUGAAGCUUUGUGCUGCGGCUGGGCCCCACUGGGUUGUGGGGCCCAACGCCACCGAGUGGACCUAUCCCUCCUCCCCAUCUGACCUGGUGCUGACCCCUUUGUCUAAUGAGCUCUGGGCAAGCUGGAAGGCAGGGUCGGGAGCCCGGGAUGGCUAUGUACUGACGUUAAGUGGGCCAGUGGAGAAUACCACUGCUCUGGGCCCUGAUGAGUGCAGUGCCGAAUUCCCAGGACCCCUGCCUCCCGGACGCUACACCUUGGGGCUGAAGGUUCUAGCUGGACCUUAUGAUGCCUGGAUGGAGGCCAGUACCUGGCUAACUGAGUCUGCUGUCCUUCCCAGGGAGAGUCCUGGGGCCAGCCUGCGGCUCGAUGAACUGGAAGCUAUCCAGCAGGCUGGGAAGCGGGCUCUACUCUACGCUGAUGGUGCUCCAGGUCUCCUAGGAAACGCCUCUGUGCCCCCUGGUGCCACUCAUGUUACUUUCUGUGGCUUGGUACCUGGAGUCCACUACCGGGUGGAUAUCACCUCACCUGAGGGCGACAUCACUCAGAGUAUUAUGGGCUACACACGUCCCCUGCCACCGCAGUCACUGCAGGUCAUUAGCAGGAGCAGCCCAUCUGACCUGACUAUUGGUUGGGCUCCAGCACCAGGACAGCAGGAAGGCUACAAGCUCACCUGGCAUCGGGAUGGCAGCCAGGGGUCACCUGGCAACCUCGUUGACUUGGGCCCUAACAAUUCCAGCCUGACCCUGAAGUCUCUGGUACCUGGUUCCUGCUACACCGUGUCAGCAUGGGCCUGGGCUGGGAAUCUCCGCUCCAGUUUGCGGAAGAUCCACGGCUGCACCCGCCCUGCUCCUCCCACCAACCUGAGCCUGGGCUUGUCCACCCAGCCUGCAGCACUGAGGGCUUCCUGGAGUCACCCGCCAGGUGGCAGGGAUGGCUUCCUGCUGCGGCUUUACCGGCUGAGGCCCCUGGCACUUGAAAACGAGAUGCUCCUGUCCCGGGAGGUCCAGAACUUCUCCUGGGCCCAGCUGACGGCAGGCUCUGAGUUCCAGGUACAGCUGGCUACCUUGUGGGGGUCCGAGGAAAGUAGCAAUGCCAACGCUACAGGCUGGACACCCCCCUUAGCCCCCACAACGGUAAAUGUUACUAGUGAAGCUCCCACCCAGCUCCAAGCAUCCUGGGUCCAUGCUCCUGGGGGCCGGAACAGCUACCAAGUGACCCUAUACCAGGAAGGUGCCCGGACAGCCACCAGCAGUGUGGGGCCGGAGGCAGACAGCACAAGCUUUUCGGGUUUGACUCCUGGCACUAAGUACAAAGUGGAGGUCAUCUCCUGGGCUGGGCCCCUUUUUGCCGCAGCAGCCAAUGUUUCUGCUUGGACACAUCCACUCACACCCAAUGAGUUGCUUGUGUCCAUGCAAGCAGACAGUGCUGUAGUUAGUCUGGCUUGGCCCAGUGGCCCGUUAGGCCAGGGGACAUGCCAGGCCCAACUCUCAGAUGCUGGACACCUCUCGUGGGAGCAACCCCUGUCACCAGGCCAAGAACACCUCAUGCUGAGGCCCCUCACGCCAGGACACACCGUCUUGAUGUCUGUGAAGUGUCAGGCCGGGCCGCUCCAGGCCUCCACUCACUCUGUGGUGCUAUCUGUGGAGCCUGGCCCCGUGGAAGAUGUGUUGUGCCAGCCCGAGGCCACCCACCUGGUCUUGAACUGGACGAUGCCUGCUGGAGAUGUGGGUGCCUGCCUGGUGGUGGUAGAGCAGCUGGUCGGGGGAGGGAGUGGUCACGUUGUCUUCCAGGUCAACACCUCGGAGGAUGCUCUCCUGCUACCCGAUUUGAUGCCAGCCACUUCCUACCGCCUCAGCCUCUCUGUGCUGGGCAGGAAUAGCCUGUGGAGCCGGGCAGUCACCCUGGUGUGCACUACUUCCACUGAGGUUUGGCACCCCCCUGAGCUAGCUGAUGCCCCCCAGCUGGAGUUGGGGACAGGGAUGGGCGUGACAGUCACACGUGGCAUGUUUGGCAAAGAUGAUGGGCAGAUCCAGUGGUACGGCGUAAUUGCCACCAUCAACAUGUCAUUGGCCCGACCUUCUCGGGAAGCCAUCAACCACACGUGGUACGACCACUACUACGGAGGGCGAGACUCCUAUCUGGCUGUGCUGUUCCCCAAUCCCUUCUACCCAGGGCCUUGGACCGUACCAAGAUCCUGGACAGUGCCUGUGGGUACAGAGGACUGUGGCCACACCCAGGAGAUAUGCAAUGGGCAUCUCAAGCCAGGUUUCCAGUAUAGAUUCAGUGUCGCAGCCUUCAGUAGGCUUAACCUUCCUGAGACCAUCAUCACCUUCUCGGCUUUCUCAGAGCCCCAGGCCAGCAUCUCUCUGGCGGCAGUGCCCCUGCCGGUGCUGAUGGGGACUGUGGCAGGCUGCAUCUUCAUUGUGUGUGCAGUGCUGUGCUUGCUGUGUUGGUGGCGCCUGAGAGGACCAAGGCCGGAGAAGGAUGGUUUUUCCCAAGAGAUGAUGCCUUACAACCUGCGGCGGACCCAUCGGCCCAUCCCCAUCCAUAGCUUCCGGCAAAGCUAUGAGGCCAAGAGUGCACAUGCACACCAGGCUUUCUUCCAGGAAUUUGAGGAGCUGAAGGAGGUAGGCAGGGAGCAGCCCAGACUAGAGGCAGAGCAUCCUGACAACACCACCAAGAACCGGUACCCACACGUGCUACCCUAUGACCACUCCAGGGUCAGACUGGUCCAGCUGGCGGGAGAACCUCAUUCUGACUACAUCAACGCCAACUUCAUCCCAGCAACGGCAGCCACGGAAGACAUGAGCGGCUACAGCCACCCACAAGAGUUCAUCGCCACUCAGGGGCCCCUCAAGAAGACGCUAGCGGAUUUCUGGCGGCUGGUAUGGGAGCAGCAAGUUCAGGUCAUCAUCAUGCUGACCGUGGGCAUGGAGAACGGGCGGGUGCUGUGUGAGCAUUACUGGCCAGGCAACUCCAUCCCUGUCACCCAUGGUCACCUCACCAUCCACCUCCUGGCAGAGGAGCCUGAGGAGGAGUGGACCAGGAGGGAAUUCCAGCUGCAGCAUGGUAUCCAGCAAACGCAGCGGCGGGUGAGGCAGCUACAGUUCACUACCUGGCCAGACCACAGUGUCCCGGAGGCUCCCAGCUCCCUGCUCACGUUUGUGGACCUGGUACGGGAGCAGGUGCACAUCACUCAGGGCAAGGGACCCACCCUGGUGCAUUGCAGCGCAGGUGUGGGCCGGACAGGCACUUUUGUGGCUCUCUUGAGGCUACUGCAGCAGCUAGAGGAAGAGCAGAUGGUUGACGUGUUCAACACUGUGUACAUGCUUCGACUGCACCGGCCCCUCAUGAUCCAGACACCGAGUCAGUACAUCUUCCUGCACCGUUGUCUGCUCCACAAGAUUCUGGAAGGGCCCUCUGACACCUCAGACUCCGGCCCCAUCUCUGUGCUGAAUUUUGCACAGGCUUGUGCCAAGAGAGCAGCCAAUGCCAAUGCUGGUUUCUUGAAAGAGUACAAGCUCCUGAAGCAGGCCAUCAAGUAUAAGAGUGGCUCUCUGAUGCCCCCUCCUGGCUAUAAUCAGAACAGCGUUGUCCCGGGUGAUCGUUCUCAGAUUCAGUUCUCCCUGGUGGAGGAGAGCCCUGCUGACAGCAUGCUAGAAGCCUGGCUCUUCCCCGGUGGGCCGUGCGGUCGGGACCACGUGGUGCUGACUGGCUCUGCCGGACCAAAGGAGCUCUGGGAACUGGUGUGGGAGCAUGGCGCCCACGUGCUGGUCUCCCUGGGCCUGCCUGAUGCCAUAGAAAAGCCGCAAGACUUCUGGCCGGUGGAGAUGCAGCCUGUUGUCACAGGCAUGGUGACGGUGCACAGAGUGGCUGAGAGCAACACGGCUGGGUGGCCCUGUACCCUCUUCAGAGUCAUACAUGGGGAGAGUGGAACUGAGAGGCAGGUUCAACGCUUGCAGUUUCCAUUCUUGGAGUCUGGGUGUGAGCUCCCAGCAACCACCUUACUGCCUUUCCUGAAUGCUGUGGUCCAGUGCUGCUCCCGCGGCAAGAGCAAGAAGCCAGGGACCCUGCUCAGCCACUCCAGCAAGGGCACAAACCAGCUGGGCACCUUCUUGGCCCUGGAACAGCUGCUACAGCAAGCAGGGACCGAGUGCUCUGUGGAUGUCUUCAAUGUGGCCCUGAGGCAGUCACAGGCCUGUGACCUCAUGACCCCAACGCUGGAGCAGUAUAUCCACCUCUACAACUGUCUGAACAGUGCACUACGGAACGGGCUGCCUUGAGUUGGGGGGUGCUCUGUGCCCUACUGGGCAUUGUGUCCCAGCAGAUCCACCAGGCCUGGCUUCCCUGGGAGAGCAGCCCCCACUCGGCCUCAUGCUGUGAAAGGGCAGAGUCAGGAAAUAAAGACACAUGGUCAAACUCA